CUGCACUACGGGACCCUCCUGGGCAGCAGAGCUUGUGCCCACAUGGCAGCAGCUGCCUGGGCCAGUGCCUUUCUCAAUGCUCUGCUGCACACAGCCAAUACAUUUUCCCUGCCCCUGUGCCAGGGCAAUGCCCUGGGCCAGUUCUUCUGUGAAAUCCCACAGAUCCUCAAACUCUCCUGCUCCAAAUCCUACCUCAGGGAACUUGGGCUUCUUGCUGUUAGUGCCUGUUUAGCUUUUGGCUGUUUUGUGUUCAUUGUUUUCUCCUAUGUGCAGAUCUUCAGGGCUGUGCUGAGGAUCCCCUGUGAGCAGGGAAGGCACAAAGCCUUUUCCACCUGCCUCCCUCACCUGGCCGUGGUCUCUCUGUUCCUCAGCACUGCAAUGUUUGCCUACUUGAAGCCCCCCUCCAUCUUCUCCCCAUCCCUGGAUCUGGCCCUGUCAGUUCUGUACUCAGUGGUGCCUCCAAACAUGUUAGAAAAUGCUUAUUUGCCUUUGUCAGUGAAAUUCUCAACCAAAGACCUCAAGAAAGAAGAGGCCUCUGGAGUAAUAAAACUCAUCAGCAACCUCUAA